AUGCUACAGCAACUCGAUGCACGGGUCUUGACGGAUGUGUAUGCGUUUGACGCGAAACACCUCGUGCUCUUGCACGACGGCCCCCUGGACCACGCUGAGAAAAAAAAAGCGCUCGUCGACGCGGCCGAGACAAGUCUCAACACCUUGUCACCGUUCAUGGCGACCGAGCUGCCGCUGUCAUCGAUUGUGCGGGCUGCUGCGCAGCUCAUACUGGCUGCCCAACAAACCACCCGUCCCGCAUACGCCGCUCGAGCACUGGCCCUUCUCGAGCGCUGGUUUUCGUCCCAUGAAUUU